AUGGCAGACAUAUCACCUGACCAGGUCAGGACUCUUGAUCAAACACGACAACGAUUACUGGCGCUUCACACAUCCCUGAUAGCAUUACGAUCAGACAUUGCUACCCAGAGUCCGCUUCCUUCCUGGCCUGCUCUCCAGACUCAUGCCAAUUUAAUAUCAAAUAACCUCCAGACAAUUGCGACGCAAUUGUCAGAACACAGAGAAACCUUCCAAUCGGCCGUCACAUUCCCGCUCCCUCAAUUUCCGGGGAAAGAACGAUCGUUCAUCCUAGAGACGCUACUACGCACAAAAUUGGAGCCUAACGUGGAUGAAUGGGUUGAAGAAGGCGAGAACAUCGCACUCCUGCAACGGAAGGCUGGCCCCCAAGCACUUUCACACGAAGAUCUCAUUGCGCUCUGGCAAUGGGCUCCAAGUGCCGCCAACAGUGAGGCAAGAAAACAGAAAUGGGGCGCCGACUUUACGCUAGGAGAGAAGCAACGUGGAAUAUCAAAUGUCGUUACAGGUCUGCGCAGAGAAUUGGUAGAGCCCCCUGACGAUGAAGGCAGCGAGGAAGAUGAGGACGAGGAAUACGAGGUUACCGACGAGGAUGAGGAUGAGGUCGAGGGCGACGGCGACGGGGACAAGAUGGAUGUCGAACUAACAAAGACCGAAACCAACCCUGGGGCCAGUGCCCAGAUCACGCCUAUACUACGGAACACGAAUCAGAUGCCAUUACAGAGCGUGCACAAGUUCAUGAUGACGGGACGAUGA